AAUGUAUUGCAAUAUACAUGGGACAAACCAAGUUUCUUCAUGCUAGUUGUAUGGUCCAGGUCCCUCCUGCAGAACUAGAGCACUUGCUUCAAACACAUCCAAAUAUCAUCGAAGCUGCGGUGGUUCCAUACCCUAAUGAAGAAGCAGGUCAGGUGCCCGUGGCUUUUGUUGUCAGACUGCUCGAUAGCACUGUCAGUGAGUCCCAACUCAUGGAAUUUGUGGCUCAACAGGUUGCACCAUACAAAAGGAUCCAUCAUGUUUUGUUUGUGAAUUCAAUACAAAAGAAUGCUGCAGGUAAGAUCUUGAGGAAAGAUUUAGUGAGGCUUGCAACCUUAAAAAUAAACUCGAAGUUGUAAUUGUAUGUCUCGUGAUAUUUUUUCUGUGUGUUUCUUGCUUCCUUUUAAUUACGGUAAUAUUAUUAUUGUAUCCAAAAAAAAAAGGGAAGAAGCGGGGGCAGUUGUCACAUCUGUGGCAGUGAUAAAUGACUUCUGUUGUAUGCCCCCCGUCAAAUAACACCUGGAUCCCAUAUGUAUUGCAUAUUAGUUUUUUAAAGGGAUACAAAUGUUUAAACUAAAAUCUUUUACAUGAAGACGCUAGGUACAAACAGCGCACUCUGCGGCUUGUGGUCAAACUUUAGUGAUAUAUUGUAUUUAAAUUGUUGCCUCU